UUAAACUAAUCAACCCGUGAAUCAGCAAGAGAGUUUACCUUUAAAUAAAGCUCAGUCUAACGAAUGUGCAAUAUGAUGCGUCGACUUGUCACAUUUUGUCGCACGGCCAUCUCAAGCAUCUCAAAAACAUCACCACAUCAUAACCCUGUUCCCCUACCAAUCUUACCAAUCCCACAAACAACACAAACUAAGUGCUUCAUCACAGGAAAAAUGUCCGGAAUCUCUGGUAUAGAACACCGCACAAUUCACGUCAAUGGCAUAAACAUGCACAUAGCCGAGAAAGGAGAUAAAGAGGCUCCAGUAGUGCUGUUCAUCCACGGGUUUCCGGAUUUGUGGUACUCGUGGCGGCAGCAGAUUUUCGACCUCUCCGCACUGGGGUACCGUGCUGUUGCCCCGGACAUGCGAGGAUACGGCGAUACCGACGCUCCAACGGACGCUAGUAGUUAUACAUACGGGCAUAUAGUAGGGGAUCUGGUAGGGCUGAUUGAUGAGCUUGGAGCUCAGCAAGUGUUCGUGGUUGGACAUGAUUGGGGUGCUAUUGUUGCGUGGUGGCUGUGCCUUUUUCGACCUGAUCGUGUGAAAGCUUUGGUAAAUAUGAGUGUGGCUUUUUCGCCACGGAAUCCUAAGAUGAAGCCUCUUGAUAUGCUUCGUGCUGCCUAUGGCGAUUCAUAUUACAUUGUCCGCUUUCAGGUGCCUGGAGACAUAGAAGAAGAGAUAAUGGAAGCUGGUGGGGCUGAAAUAUUCCUAAGGAAAAUCUAUUCACAUCACAGCCCUGGUCCUCUUUUUUUGCCUAAAGGCGAGUCCUUCAAUGACGUUCCCGCCUCUUUCCCAAGCUGGAUGUCGAAAGAAAUGAUUGCUUAUUAUUGUGAUAAAUUCUCACAAACGGGCUUCACUGGAGGACUUAACUAUUAUCGUGCUCUAAAUUUAAAUUGGGAAAUUACAGCACCAUGGACAGGGGCACAAGUGAAAGUACCAACAAAGUUUAUUGUAGGGGAUUUGGAUUUGACUUAUAAUGCAACUGGGGUGAAAGACUACAUUCACAAGGGUGGAAUGAAAAGGGAUGUGCCACUUUUGGAAGACGUUGUGAUCCUUGAAGGAGUUCAUCAUUUUCUUCAGCACGAGAAGCCUGAUAUGAUUAGCAAGCAUAUCUAUGACUUCAUCAAGAAAUUCUGAGUCUUUUCAAUCAUCUUUUUAAGCUAAUAACUAUUGAGCAGGGGCGACGUUGAUCAUGUAUAGCAUGUGGACGACUGUAUACGACUCUGCUUGUCAAAUACUACUUUUGAAAUGAGUUGUUAUUUAUUGUACAACAUGUUUUUCGUUAUUGGUAUUGAACUCUUUAUUAUGUUUGAAUAUUUUUUAUGGUUGACAUAUAACUCUUCUAAUAUUAUUUUUUUAUAUUUUUACUUUUAA